AUGUCUACAGCCGAACAGAUAAUCGCUCACGUUCAGAGCUCCACGGGCCUCUGCAUUUCCCCGGCAUGGCUCAGCAGCUUCAUAAGUUCCUCUAGCGCACAGCGCAACAUCCCCGCCUCCACACUCACCAAGACAGCUCUAUUUCGCGUCCUCGCCUCCGACUUCCGCGAAUCCCUUUCCAACAACCCCACCUCUCUGUUUCCCCUCGAUACUUCAGAUCCAAAAAUACAAGAACGACGCCUUCAAGGUCCCAUCCCAGUACAGGUCCUCGAUAUUGAAGACAUAGGCACUAGUCUUUGGAGCCAAGUCGAAGCAAUCGAGCGAGUGGAGCGCGGUGAAUCGAUUCGAGGACGUGAAAUUGUGCGCACAGUCAAUGUGGGUGAGGAUGCUGCUGAGGCCGCGGCAAACAAUGGAUCGGGGACAAAUCCAGGCGCGUCGGGGAGUAGUGGUUCUGGGCCGCAUCGAUUAAUUCUUCAAGAUGCGGCUGGGACCAGGGCUGUUGGAGUCGAGAUGAAGCGAAUAGAUGGUGUUUCGCUAGAAAAGCUGGCUAUUGGAGCAAAGUUCUUACUACGAGGCGCGACAGUUGCGAGGGGGAUUAUCCUUCUGGAUCCUGGGUGCGCUACUCUACUCGGUGGGAAAAUCGAGUUGCUAGAUAGGCCGUGGAAGGAAGGGAGAAAGUCCAGGUUGCUUGAGAGAAUUGCGUCUAUGCAAGUGGAGGAUACUCAAUAA